AGCCCCGUCUUCUUUGUGGAGGUCAAACCACCCAGUGACGCUAACAGUGCUUUGAAAAGGUAUGAAGUAGAUGAUCAAAUGAGGAGGAGGUUUCCACAAUUGCAUGGUCAAAUACAGGUAUCCACCAUGUAUGGGAUGAGCACACUGGGGAGGAACAUGUGCUUCUAUGAGAUGGAAACAGCAAUGGGCCACGUAUCCCCGGUAGCAGGUUGCACUGAUUAG